AUGGCAAGCAAAGAGAAAGAUCAGACUUCGACGGGAACUCCUGGUCUUGGUGGACUGGGCAGCAAUCCAACUGGAGCUCUGUCCCAAGUUGAUCCAGCUUUGAACGAUGUCACUGGAAAGAGGAAGCCAAGUGCCCCUGGCGCCGGCGGCAACACGGUCUCUGAUGGCGAGAAGAAGAACAGCUUGAGAAUCAACAUUGAGCUGGACCUCGAAGUCGAGAUCCACUUGACUGCAAGAGUGAAGGGAGACAUUACGAUCGGCUUGUUGUAG